AUGGCAGCCUUGGGGCUGGAUCAAGUCUUGAAUUUGGCCCAGCAGUAUGGCGCCAGAGAUGCGUUGGAGCCAAGAGCACCAGCCGUAGCAGUCGCCAGGGGGGGGGGUCGCAGACCAGGUGGUGGAGGCCUGGGGCGGCACAACCGAGCCCGAGGUGCGGAGGCUAGACAAAGAGGGGCUCGCUGGGCAAGGAAGCAGAAACAACUUGUUUUGCAGAGCAAGUGCUUCAACAAGACCGGCCAUGCCCGAACAGCAGAUCAUCGGCUACCAAGCCAACAAGACUUGAGUCGGCAGAGUGUGGCAGGCAAAGGGAAAUGGAAGACUUGGACUCCAGAAGCGAUCUUGCGCGCAGGCUUUGGGCAGGAAACUGCAACUUAUAGGCAGAUAGCAAACGAAGUGGAGGGUGCUUCCUGCAGUCAGGCAAGGGCCGCUAGAUUUGCGUGCGCUGCCGCAGUGUGCAAGUCUCAGGCAGAGAGCUGUGAGAAAGUGGUGGCAGAGGCUUCAGAGGAACCCCUCAGAUUCUUCAUUCAAAAUUUGAUGUUUGACGAGUCAACCUUUGACCUGAGAGUCGGCAAGGAUGCCGCCAACAGUUGCUCUGUUCUGUGCUCGCACUCUCAAUGGACAAUGGGCUUUGCCCCCUCUUUGGAAAGUGCCAGGGACGCCGUCCGGGAUGAGCACAUCGUCAUGGCAGGCCAACUUGCGAGAAAAUUGAUUUUGCCAUGGCAGCAGUAUCCUUGGUGUUUAUGGCCGCUGGCCUUGAAAGACGCAAGCCAAGAAGACCGCAGGUCAUGUGCUAAAGCUUUACUCAACAGUAAGCCUUGCUGUCUGGACAGCGGUUUUUCACAGCGGCUCAAGCGCAUACACCGCACAGAAGAAGAACUCUUGAACUCGCAGCUCCAAGUCUUUUUGCAAAAAGUUUUCGAACGUGUUGUGCCAACAUCAACUUUCAUUGAGCGGCGGUUCGCCCAGUUUGCCCAUUGGAGCGACCAACAGCCCAAGCUUGGCACUUUGGCAGCCAAGCACGUGACUAGUUUCUGCAAGGGCGCUGCCCAGGCUUGGAAACAAAACCACCCGCAGCACCAGAAGCGAAAUCAUUUGUCUCGUCCUGACUGGGUAGAACAAAAGCAAGGAAGCCGAACCACAGGAUACAAUGUAUUUAUGUCUGAGUUCAGGAAGAACUAUUCAGCGCAGCAAGUGGCUGGAGAUGAAGGGAGGCAAACCUUUGUUCAAGAGGCUACAGCUGCUUGGAGAAGACUUUCUCCCGGAGAGAAAGCGCCUUACAGUUUCAAGGCGCGUGGGCUGAACAGUCUGCGCAGCAGAAGCUCCCAGAUGUCAGACAACGAGGCUGGCCCUGAAGGCCGAGAGACUGGCGGCUUGUGGAACACAUGCCUGCUGCAAGACAGAUGGCCGCUCCGAGUUGAUCUGUUGGAAGCUGCCAUGGGGGAAGGGAUUGUGGCUUUACGAAAGAUCUCAUCGGCUUGGGAAGAGGAGCAUGCAAUGCUGGUGGAGGCGGAAGAUGAUCUGCCAGAUGUGAGUGAUAACUUGUUUGCUGUGUGCCCGCAUGGUGGAUGUGAGGAGGAGCUGCAGGCAGCGCAGCGUCCAGUCUUUCGGGAAAUCCACGAUGACUUGGUCACUGCUGUCCGGGUGAUUGAGCCUUUGAAGCGGGACUUGUCUGCUCACCCUUUGGUUUUGGAAUGGCACUCAUUGUCAUUGCAGAAGAGAAGGUUUGCUGUGGUCGCUUUUCACAUCCGCAAGCCUCCUUGGGACAUGGUCCUUCUUGAGCUGGAGGAAGCCGGGGACUCCGAAGAGCUUCCUUUUUGCUUGGCAGUGCAGCUGGGCAGGCAAUCCAUUCAUUCUGACAUUGCAUUUUGCCAUGAGCUUGCCCGAGCCGCGUCUGACUGGGUCUUGUUUCGCUUGUCCAUUGGAGAUCUGACCGUGGACUAUGGCAUUUUCCAAGCCGCAGAGCGCAAGGAACUGAGCCGAUCCGAGUUGAGACAAGCUGCUGCUGAAAUGAAGCAAGUUAUGCUCGCAGCAAAAGCAGCCAAGCUUGCCCAAGGUUUGACCGCAAAUAAAAAAAGGAAAAGCAGAAACUCCAACAAACGAAAAAGCAAAGGCAAGCGGUCGCAGACCCUGGCUCCAGAUGUUUCGGACAUGGAGUGGAAUUCUGCCUCUGAAAGCGGGGGCUCCGCUUCUGACUUUGGGGCAGACACCGGCAGUGUUGCAGCGCCUGCUUCUUCGUCCGCUGGACCGGCUCGCAGGGGCUCAGCUUCAGACUUUGCGGCAGACACCAGCAGUGUUGCAGCGCCUGCUUCUUCGUCCGCUGGACCGGCUCGCUCUAAGCGUGUCAAGCAGUCUCGGUCCAUUCCCUGGGGUCCAUUCCAAAUCGCGCCGAUUGUUCCGGCCGCUGGCCACAGUGGUUGGGGAGCCAUCUGCGGACAGCAUUGCGACCGAGGAAACAGUUUGUCUUGCAAGAAAGCUAUGAACCGUGGGUCGCUGACCGAUGCGGAAUGCGUCUUGCGUUUGAAGAGGUGGCUCUUGGCAGGCCAUUCAGACCAGAACUGGCCAGUUCACAGGCGACGGUCGCACCAUGUAGAGCUGGGUGGCAAAGGUCUGCAAGAUUUCGCACAGGGAAUGUCUGAGGAAGCUAUGGAUGCUUUGGAGCUGGAGCGCAAAGCAGAGCCGGACGCUGGUCCCUGUGAAAAAGUGCGCUGGCUGCAGGGUUUUGAACCUUGGACUGCCUGCUUGGCGUCAGCGCUGGCGGUGUUUUGCUCUGCUGUGGAUGACCUACUCUCCCAAGCAGCUUCCAGUGUUGGGCCCGUGGUGCUGGCUACUUUGGCAGUGUGUUUUACCCUGAGUAAGGCUUGUGUGUGCUGCCUUUGCAAUGCCAAAAGCACUGACCCUUCUCCCUUGGUGGGAGGAGAGGAAGAUGACCAGUAUGGAGGCCGCCGGCCCUGGAACAAGUACCGUAAAGUGCGCCACCCUGGGUCGGACGAGCAGGUCAAAGUCCCAGAAGGGAAACUGUGCAUGAUUUGCUUCAGCACCUUCAGAGCGCUGGGUCUGAACUACAAGUAUCCAUCGUAUGGUGCGUACUACAAAGAGAUCGUCAAUGACAACAGCAAGCAUACCAGCUUCAUAAACUCUAUGAAAGAAUGGAUUAAGCAAAGAAAUGAGGAUCCCACUGGGCGAAUGGACAGGGAAGCAGUGAAGAAGGCCCACACCACUCUGCACAGUGAGACCAAGACUGGUGUCAAACUCAAGGGUCCCAAGAGGGAGUUCGUACUCCUGGAACAUUGGGACCCCAAGCUGGACGGUGAGCUGGACGAAGCACACAUAGUGGAAGAAACUUGGCAAGGGAAGAAGGUGAAAGGAAUCUGGAGGGCCAAAGGACGUGCCGGUGUGCUGGAAGCUUCCGGGUAUGAAGACACCAGUUUGGCUGAGCGCACUGAGGAGCACAGUGGAUCCGGCCCUUUCGCUGAGCAAGCUUUAGUGACCAAAAAAACUGCGUUGCAGAAGGUGUUUGCGGAUGCCGACGAAGAGAGGCAAAAGCACACAGUGGCCGCAGGCCCUGCAUCACAGGCAGGCGAUGUUCUGGCAACUUUGCAGAAAAUGCUGCCAAACUUGAAACUUGCUGGUGGUGGGCAGGCCCUGAGCGCAGACCCAGAAGCAGAUGAGGCUAGCCCUUCUGCACUUGUUGACUUGCACAAGGACGAGGACGAAGAUGAAGCAGAAGAAGAGGAGGAGGUUUGCCCAGCAGCUCGCCUAGCUGCAACGGUUGGAGGGCCCAAGGCCGCCAAAGCUAAACCGAAGGCAAACCCAAAGGCAACUGCAAAAGCAGCUUCCAGGCCCAGUGUGACAGCUACGCCCAAAGCAGCAGAGGGCCGCAGGCCGGGAGAACAGAGCAACAGUAGUGCUCGCCCAAAAGCAGCUGCCGCCAAGGCCACAGAGGAACCGCAGAAGCGGGUGGCCGCUACUGAGACCCUCCAGCUCGACGGUCGCGGAAAGCGAUUGAAAGAAAACCUCGCAGAGAUGUGCCAGAAGUUGGAGGACACACUGGAGGCAAAUCACUUGGAAGUCAACUACAGCUUGCAGCACGCUGAUGCAAAGUUGGUGUAUUCAAAGAAAACAAAGGCUUUGAAUUCCUUACUGAAUACUGCAACUAAGCAGAUCAAGAAGAUUGAGGACAGCGUCAACAAGCACGGCUUGGUUGAAGAGCUGGAGCGGUUCCAAAGCCUUCAGGAUGUCAUCCAGAAGCUCUUGGACUUGUUCACCAGGCUGAACAUAGCCAGCCCAGUUGCCGAUGAACUGGCAGAAGCAGUCGAGGCAUGUAAAUCCUCGCCCUUUAACAUCGUGCUUGGCCCAGAGGUGUGGCAGAAGUUGCUCAGCACAAAGUGCUCCCAGUGCUGUUUGUACCAAGACUUCAGUGCUUACUGCAAGCUGUUCCGUUCGUCUGAGGAUGAGGUGAAGGAGCUGCGAAUCCGGAUGUCUCAGCAAGACUUGGCUCAGCUUGUCGACCUGGAAGUGGAGCAAGCGCUGGCCAACAUGCUCCGCAACUUUCCUUCUCAGGAUGUUCAGAAAAAGGAAAGCGACUAUCGCUGUCAAGUGGUUACUUUUUGCGAGGCCAUUGUGGCAGAGCAAGGCCACCCGGAUUCUGAGCUUUCAGGCCCAUGUGCGAAGGUUGCAAGUAUGGUGGUAGACCUGAUGUCUCUUGGAGACGUUGUUGCUUUGCAGCGUGGCGCAGAGAAGUUGAAGGAGCUAGGGGCAGAUGAGCGCCCGGGAUCUGUUGUUGCUUUCUUCACCAAACACAAAGUAGGACAGAGCUUGACCCAGGCUUCAGCCGAAGUCAUGGUGGAGGGCGCUGCCCGUGUGAAUGUGGAGCAAGCUUUGCAAGAGGCUUCUGCUGCUUUGCAAGUUGUCAAGGAGAAGAGUGUCGCUGGAGAAGAAGAACUGUCCGGCGUUGUCGCGGUCUUUUUUGAGAAGAAGCGGCUCGUUCAGAAGGAGAUUGUUGACAUGAAGAAGCAAGGCACGCACAUGCAGAAAGCAACCACGAGGGCCACGCAAGAGCUGGAGAACAUCAGCCAAGAGAUGUGGUCUUGGUUGAAUUCUGCCCUGAGGCUUGAAUUGUUGAACACUUUGUGCGGCGUGCUUGAGAACAGUUCAGCUUUGCUUUCCGCUCAGAAGAUUCGGUCGCCGACCCGGUGUUAA